AUGCAUCUGCAGCCGGAAGCAGCAGCAGACGAUGAUGCUGAUUCUGUCAAGAAUCGGUGCGGCCGGGCUGGCAGCCUGGCGGCAACCCCGGGCGAGAAGCUUAUGGAGUUGUUGCGGCCCAGCGUCGGCACCCCGAGGCGGCACUCGACAGCCGCCUGCGCCUCGGCACACCAACAGAGGCCCACUGGCUUCGUGUACUGCCCGUCUGACGCGCUGCCGUACUGCCCUCCGUCGAGGAUAGCACCGCCCAGACCCCAUAUAAAAUUGCAAGCGCCACCGGUGCAGCCUGUCGCGCAGCCACAGCCACCACCUGUGCCGCAACGCGUGGCGCCUGUGACGGCACCUCCGCCGCUGGCCGUACCACCGCCCCCGCCGCGGCGCCCUUCCCCGCAGCCACCGCGACGCGCUCCCCCACCGACGCCCCCCAGGCCGACGCAACCGGCGCAACCCGCGCAACAGGCGCAACCGACGCAACCGACCCAACCGGCGCAAACGGCGCAGCCGACGCAAACGGCGCAAGCGACAGACCCGAACGGUAACCGCCGCCUCCCGCCGAUACCGACCCAACAGCGGCUCGACUGCAACAAGAAUCCCCAACCACCGGCGCCUAGACGGCCCCCGCAAAAGAUCCCCGACACGUUCACCGCGCCACAGAACCAGAUGAAGAGAUCCCCGAGCUCAGGGUCCAAUAUCAGCGUACGGCAGGACUCGAACGUCAGCUCCGACUCCUUCAGCCAGACCUCGUCACCGUCCUAUACGACCAAGACCAUGGAGGCGCCACUUCUACCACACCAGAACGUAAACAAGAGUUUGAAUGCGAAGAUUGCCCGUGGGCUCCUUCUGAAGGAACAACAGGAGAAGGAGUCCGGCAACUCCUCAAUCACCAAGAGCAUGUCGACUCCGGCCUCCCUGCAGACGAUCGUCAGGUUCCAGAACGGGAGCAAUAUGUCCCUUCAUCACCGGAUGCUGAGAGAUAUGCGGGGCAACAGCAGUGAGGGCUCGCCACACAAGUUUCGACUAAUGCAGCUAGCGCUGAACGCUGUGGCGCUGCUCGCCAUUACGGGCGCACUGUUCGCCUACUUCCAAGCCAACCCUGCCGUACAGUACGUUUCACAAGUCGUGAACCGGUCCAGCGUGGUGACGUGGCCGGCACCGACGGAGCCCCCAGGGUCACGGAACCCAGCGCCGGGAGUCUGUCUGCCGGUGAUCGUCACAUUCUGCCAACAGCACCGGAUCUCUUACAACUUCACGGUGUUCCCCAACUACAUAGGACACUUCGGGCAGCGAGACGCUCAGCAGGACUUGGAGAUUUACGACGCCGUCGUGGACGUCCGCUGCUACGAGCUGACCGCCUUGUUCCUCUGCUCCCUUUUCGUGCCAAAAUGCGGCCCCCUUGGGCACAUGGUGCGGCCGUGCCGGAGCCUGUGCCAAGAGACGAUGCGCCGUUGCGGCUUCUUCCUGGAGGUCUUCGGGCUGUCCAUGCCAGAUUAUCUGCAGUGCGAGAUAUUUCCAGAGUCCACCGACACGGACGUCUGCCUCGGGAACAGAGAGGUCAAAGAGGCCAGAAUCAGGGCCGCUAAGCCAGUGUGCCCCAGCGGCUUCCAGUGCGACGUGAGGCGGUGCAUCCCGCACGAUUGGCGCUGCGACGGCCACGUCGACUGCGCGGAUCGCUCGGACGAGCUCAACUGCCGCGUGUGCAAGCGCGGCGGCGACGUGCACUGCGGCAACCAGCGCUGCAUUUCGCAGAGCCACCUCUGCGACGGCAGGGUCGACUGCCCCUGGGGCCAGGACGAGAGGAACUGCCUGCGGCUGAGCGAGGCUAAUGGUGACGUGGGCCGCGGCGAGCUGCAGGUCUACCGAGCCGCCAAUCAGUCCUGGUUUCCCGCCUGCAUCAGCAAUCUGGACGAUGGCACCGCCGUCAAGCUGUGCUCCAUGCUCGGAUACUCUGUGGUGAACCGCAGCGCUACGGUGGGCGGCACGAGGGCGGGGCGGGUGCAGGCGCACAAGGUGCCGGACGUGGUGCACGCGCCGCUGAUCCCCCAGCCGGAAAGAGUGCACGGAGUGGCGCAGUCGUACCGCGCCUUCCAGCGCCGCGAGGGCGGGCUGCUGCGCGAGCUGAAGGACUGCCGCCACGACUCGGCGCGCAUUCACCUCGUCUGCAACAGCUACGGUGAGCGUCUACUUCUUGAUUUUACGCGAAUAUUACACACUAGCUGCUGCUACUACUACGUCUGCGUAGAA